UGUAAAACGAUUCGGUAGGGUAUUGGCCAAAAUUGAACGCUUAGGACACGCCCUAAGCAGCACGGACAGAUCUCUCCUUAUGAAUGCCAAUGUAUGGCCAAGUUCAGCCCCAAGGUCCAUGCUCCUGCCAUCCCACGGAUGCUCCUGCCAUCCCACGGAUGCUCCUGCUGUUCCCUCGGAUCCCAGUGUUCAACUCAGUCCAGACCAUUCCAUCGUCAAGCUCUCAUAAUCCAUCGACACUCCAUCGACACUCCAUCGACACUCCAUCGACACUCCAUCGCCUUUCCUUUGACUCUUCUCAGGAUCAGGCGAUCCCUCAUUCUAUCGCCCUCGGCUAUUUAUUCGUCUCAUCGGAUGCCCGCGCCACUCAGCUCUGAAUUGCUCGACUGCUUGAAGGGAGUCGUUAGGCGUCGUUAGGCGUCGCCUGGAGUCGCUAGGAGUCGCUAGUAAGGUCGGGUGGGAGUUUCCCUUUGGGAGUCCCUGCCACUUGUCGUACUGGCAACAAUGUCACCUACUGGUAUCAUCCGGCGCCGCGUCGGCCGCUCAUCGAUGCUUCCGCCGUUUCUCCUGCUUCUGCUCUCCGUCGUCCUCUCAUCGUCGCAUCAUUUUCGCCCGGUCGUCGCACAGCAGUGCUCUGCGACGAUUCUCUGCGCCAACAAUCUCUGCUGCAGCAAGUGGGGCUGGUGCGGCUCCACCGUCGACUACUGCGGCUCCGGCUGUCUAUCCGGGCCAUGCGCUGGCGGCACCUCCGCCUCCCCUCCUCCGCCUACUAGCUCUCCGCCUCCCCCGACCAGCUCCCCCCCUCCGCCUACGAGCUCUCCGCCUCCCCCCACGAGCUCCCCUCCUCCGCCUGCUACCAGCUCGCCCCCGGUCUCCACCAACGGCCAGUGCGGAGCGCAGAACGGCAACAGCAUCUGCCCCAACGGCCUCUGCUGCAGCAUCCACGGGUGGUGCGGCUCCACCCUUGACUAUUGCGGCCCCGGCUGUCAGUCCCAGUGCUGGCCCUCCUCCUCCUCCUCCCCUCCUCCCCCUUCCCCCUCCACGUCUCCCUCCCCCCCUCCUCCCUCCACAUCUCCCUCCCCUCCGCCUCCCUCUACGUCCCCCUCCCCCCCUCCCCCCUCCACGGCCUCUCCUCCGCCGCCCACCUCUGGUCUGAAGCGCAUGGCGUACUUCGUCAACUGGGCGGGCAUGGACCCAUCUGCCGUCCCUGCUGCUUCGCUCACCCAUGUCUUCUACGCCUUUGCUCUCAUCGAUGCCUCCACGUACAAGUCAUCCCCUCCAACCCCUAUGCGGAUGUCACACAAGGCCUCUACCUCCGUUUCAACAACAUCUUAAAGACCGCCAACCCGUCACUUAAAACCCUCCUCUCCAUCGGCGGCUACUCUGCCGGCACCGCUGUCUUCGUCAACGCCGCCUCCUCCGCCUCCUCCCGCUCCGCCUUCAUCCAGUCCGCAAUCUAUUUUGCCCGCACCUACAAUUUCGACGGUCUGGAUAUCGACUGGGAGUACCCGACGGGCCAGAUCGCGCUCUUUUCCGCCCUGCUCACCGACUUCCGGGCGGCGAUCGAAUCCGAAGCUGCAGCUUCGGGGAAGCCGAAGCUGCUGCUCACCGCAGCGGUUUCCUGCUACGAGCCAACGGUUACUCAGGCGUACGACGUCCCGACGCUUAACAAAACGCUAGACUUUGUCAACAUAAUGACGUACGAUAUCCAUGGGUCGUGGGAGCUGAAGACUGGCAUGCACACUGCUCUGGAGGAUCUAAGCAAUCCGCAGCUGAGCCUCAAGGGCGCCAUGGCUGCCUGGGUCAACCGAGGCUUGGCCAAGAGCAAGGCCAUGCUAGGCUUGGCGAUGUACGGCCGGACCUGGACUCUAGCUUCGACGAGCAGCACUGGGGUUGGAGCUGCUGCGACCGGGCCUGGUUUGGCUGGGUCUGUCAGUCAGGAAUCUGGGGUUCUCUUUUACAAGGAAAUUGCCCAGUUGGUAGCUACUGGAGGCUACAAGGCUACACUCCACACUGCAUCGUCAUCCAUUUAUGCGGUGAAGGGUAACCAAUGGGUUGGUUAUGACAACCCAUCGACUAUCACCACUAAGGUGAAUUAUGCCAAGGCUCAAAGCUUUGGAGGGUGGUUCUUUUGGGCCCUAAGCCAAGAUCUUAAUAAUGCUCUGCUUGGUGCUGCUGCAGCUCUGUGAGCGGUGUACUGCUGAAUUCCGGUUUGUGAACAGCCAUUUCUUGUACGGUAUUGUUGAAUGUUGGCAGGAGGUUGAAAGUUUGUCUUAAUUCAGUUGGAUGCU